GUCCUACAUCACCCGGUUUGAGUCGGUGAAGUAACCUCUACUACAGUGACACACCUUCUCUUCAAGCAAACAGCGGGCUGGCAUCAGUGAUUUAAUUUCCCCUUUACCUCUGCAAAUUCUCUUUUAUCCAGUAACAUUUUCUUGAACGUGAGCAUCUCGACUUACUGACUCUCUAGAAAGUUGCAAAAAAAGGAAUCAGGAUUGACAUUGCAAGGAGCCUCGAUCUCCAGUUCUCGUGGACAGCCCCAUCUGGUGAAUCACCCACUGGCAGACAACGUGUGUGUGUAACGUGCCCAGCGCCCGCAGGAACAAGCAAAACCAGGAUUGGACUCGCCAAAUACUCCAAUACGUCAGCAUCGCCAAACAAAGGUGGCGUUAAGCAUCAUUCCCAGCUCCAAAAGCCGUCACAAAGCACUUGCUGCCUAGCGAUUCGGCGAUAGGCCUGCCCCCGAGACCAGAAAUUACAGGGGCCGCCGGACGCGGCGCAGGGGCAGAGGAUCGUGCCCAGGGCCCCGCUGCAGCCACACCGGCCUACAAAAUGCCAUCACUAGCCCUACCAUUUGACUUGCGCAGCAUCGACAGGCAGACACUUUUCUACAACCAAACUGUGGACAUGCCUCGAGACGCCUCUCCCAGCGGACAGUCGACGCCGACUGGUAAAGCAAACCAUACUGUGUUCCUGGUUCACGGGCUCUGGGGCAACGCGAACCAUCUCCAGUACAUCCUCAAGUCCCUGCAUGAUCGAUACACCGAAGAUGAAUUGGUGGUUGUCGCUUGCAAGAGCAACGCCAAUUCCCUGACGUACGAUGGCAUCGAAGUGGGUGGCGAGCGCGUGGCAAAGGAAAUCGAGGACAAGUUCCAAGAGUUGGCUCGUGAUGGUUACAAGAUCUCCAAGUUCUCCAUCGUUGGAUAUUCGCUGGGCGGCCUAAUUGCCCGUUACGCCGUUGGAUUACUUGAUCACAAAGGUUACUUCGACAAGGUCACCCCAGUCAACUUCACCACCUUUGCAACACCCCACCUGGGGGUUCGAACUCCAUUGACAGGUUAUCCCAACCACCUAUGGAAUGUGCUCGGGGCGAGGACGCUUUCUACGUCAGGGCGACAGCUCUUCACCGUCGACAAGUUUCGAGACACCGGCCGUCCACUCUUGAGUGUCCUUGCGGACCCUGACAGCAUCUUCAUUCAUGCACUCGCCAAGUUCCAACGACGUUCUCUCUAUACAAACAUUGUCAAUGAUCGUUCUGCAGUCUACUAUACCACUGGUAUUUCAAAGACCGACCCUUUUACAGAUCUCAGCAAGGUACAGCUGCAAUACCUCAAGGACUUUGAACCUGUCAUUGUCGACCCAGAUCAGCCCGUGAUCAAGCCAGCUGAGAAUGAACUCCCUUCAUUUUACCAGCGGUUCCGGAGCGGCAGCACGACAUUUCUCAGACGGACGCCCAUUUAUUUGGCCCUUAUGAUCCUCAUUCCAAUCGCAACGCUGGCGUUCCUGAUCAAUUCCGGGGUUCAAACUUUCCGCAGCCGUCGCAGAAUCCUCCUGCAUGAAAGCGACCACGAGCGGACCGGAUUCGGCUAUCGGAUUCCGCUCCUCGUGCGAGAUAUGCGUGUUGGACUCGAGGAUGCAUUUGAAAAUGUCAAUUCGGCUCAAGACCAGGAAUAUCUCCCUCAGGGUUCAGAAGAAAUGACAGGCGUGACAGCCAGCGUCUCUUCCUCGAAGUCCUCCCAGCAAUCAACAGACUCGUUGGCCGCCGAGAAGUUAGACUCGACCAAAGUCAGAGAAGACGUGGGAAACCCAGAGAGAAGUCCCGAGUUCCCAACGCUGGCGUUGACACCGGCUCAAUUCGCCAUGAUCAAAGCACUUGAUGACGUUGGGUUUCGCAAAUAUCCUGUUCACAUUCAUAAGAGCAGUCAUUCCCAUGCUGCCAUCAUCGUCCGCACGUCCAGAGCUGCAUUUGAAGAAGGAAAGCUGGUUAUCAAACAUUGGCUUGACAAGGAGUUUCGCAUUUGAUUUACGAGUACACGGCAUUUGGUCUGGCAUCUGACACUCAGCAUUCAACAACAUUGAGCCUUGAUCAUAUCUAGCGUUGGCGUUGUUGGACUGUUUGUCAUCGUUAGUGUUCACUUCUUCACUUGUUUACUUGCUAGACCUGAAUACAACAUUAGGUACACAUUCAAAAGUGUCCCCUUUAGACCUCGG